GCGGGGCCAAGUCAACGUGCUACUUUUCACCGCGCCGUGCUUCCCAGAAUCCCAGUGCGUGCCUCCGCCUCCACCUCCACCUCGUCACCGCAACGCAUAAGAGAGCCGUAGCCGUGGACUCGCCGUACCUUUUUUGCUUUGCUUCCCUCCCCUCUCAUACAGCCACCCCCGGCAAAAAGUUCCCCCAAAAAACGCUCCGGGCCGGCCCUCUCCCUCCUUCCCCCAUGGCGGCGCACGAGGGCGGCGGCAACGGCGCCCGCCGCCCGCCCGCGCCGCCGCUGCUCCCCACGCUCUCGCUGCCCCCGCGAUCCGCGGCCGGUUCCCUCUUCUCCGCCGAGUCCAGCCCCGGCGCGCUCACUCUCGCCGCCUCGCUCUUCCCCGACGCGCCCUCCCCGGCCUUCCAGGGCUCUUUCACCCAGCUCCUCGUCGGCGCCAUGGGCUACCCCGCCGCCUCCGCCCCCGCUCCGCCCUCACCGUUCCCGGUGCCGCACGGACUCAGCCCCACCGCGUUCCUCGGGGGCUCCCCCGGCCUCUUCUCCCCGACGGGGAACUUUGAAAUGUCCCAUCAACAAGCCUUGGCACAAGUAACAGCAGAAGCAGUCCAUUCUCCGUACAGUAUGAUUAAUCAAUCAGAUUUCUCACUCCCGUUCUCGUCGACAACGACUUCAGUGUUGGCAUCACAACAUGUCAACUCUUCUGCCAAUGUGUCAUCACCACGAGAAAUACCAACUCUGCCAUCCCACACAGAUAAUAGCAACAUUGAAUCAACUGAGGUUUCACAUGGAUUCCAAACUACUGCCCUCACUGAGGAUAAACCUGCUGAUGAUGGCUACAACUGGCGGAAGUAUGGCCAGAAGGCAGUUAAGGGUGGGGAGUAUCCAAGGAGCUAUUAUAAAUGUACCCAUUUAAGCUGUCCAGUUAAGAAGAAAGUGGAGCGCUCAUCUGACGGACAGAUUACUCAAAUACUUUAUAGAGGCCAGCAUAACCACCAACGACCACCAAAAAGAAGGUCCAAAGAUGGUGGCGCUUUACUAAAUGAAGCAGAUGUUUCCCCUGAGAAGGAAGAUGCAUCAACUAGAUCAGAACAGGGCUCCCAAGAUUAUUCUGGAAAAUUCAAGGCAUCAAAUGAUGGUGGUCCUUCAUCAUCCAGGAGGGGAGAUAGGGGUGAGCAAAUAUCGGGCUCAAGUGAUAGCAACGAUCAAGGCGAGGAAGAAGUGAAGGUUGAGGGUAGAGCUACUAGUGAUGGAAAUGCGAACAAAAGACAUGUGCCAGCUCCAGCUCAAAGAAUCAUUGUGCAAACAACUAGUGAGGUUGAUCUUUUGGAUGAUGGCUACCGAUGGCGCAAGUAUGGUCAAAAAGUAGUAAAAGGGAAUCCUCACCCAAGGAGUUACUACAAAUGCACGUACCAAGGAUGUGAUGUGAAGAAGCAUAUUGAGAGAUCCUCACAAGACCCAAAGGCUGUGAUAACUACAUAUGAAGGCAAGCACAGCCAUGACGUGCCAGCAGCCAGGAACAGUAGCCAUUCUUCCGCUAAUGCCAACGUAUCGUCUUCCAGCAAUUUACCUCACAAGGACAGGGGGCAACGGUCGUCGUGCAGAGAUGGUUUGCGGAAUGCAUCUUCAGUUUCUUCCUUACAGUUAAAAGAAGAGAGUGGAUAGCAUGAAAUUUUGGUAGUGUUUAGCUGGGUAAAUUGUUCUGUUCUUCAGUCCAAUCUGGGUGUGCUGCUUCCAAGCGCCGCUGAGCAGCGUGUAUUGGCUUUGUAGGUUGGUUCUUGCAUUGGUUUAGUUAGGGCUUAGGGGCUCGUUUGGUAUGCGGGAAUAUGCUCAUAUUCCUCUGGAAAUCGAACCGUUUCAUGUGAAACUAAAAUUCAUGCCUUCCAAACAGGGCCUUAGCAAGAGGAAACCCAGCAUAGCAUCCUUCCAAUAUCUCGCACGUUGUGCUUCCAAUGGCUGUAAAUGAUAUAGGUCCUGCCCGAUAGAGAAUUAUGGGCGACAGAGGUUUCUUUGGCGCAACUGUAAAUGCUUGGCAUGUAAGUCUCAUCU